AUGAAGGAAUCCGCAUGGAAGGCUCUCGACCGGGUCAUGGCAUUGCUCUGGAGUGGAGCCGGGGUAAGGAGCGAGUUCAGUUCCCCUCGGGGAAGAAUAGGCAGCUAUUCAAGUGCCAUCCUCCAGGCUGUUGAAGGAAUAGGAACAGCUCUUGUUCACGACUCUGCUGCCAUUGAAUCUGUUGAGUUUGCUCCUAUCGUAGAUAAGAGAAAGGCAGCUUAA